GCAAACAUAGGCGCUGCAGCCCUGGUUCUCAGUGUGGGUUUACGUAGUCUGAGAGGUGGAAACAGAAAAUAGAGAUUGUCGUUAUCGUUAUUAUAGUUAUAGUAGGUUUGAGUUGUCACAAUGGUGAAUUCUUGUGUUUGUUUUGGAUGCAACAACUCCAACUUGUCUGGCCAUCGGGUCCACCGAUUUCCAAACAAGAAACACAAAGAUUUCCGUGCUUGGAUACGUUUCGUCCAGGCAAAGAGAAGCAAUUUCGCUGCCUCCUCGUUGACUAGACACACGGUGGUAUGUGAAAAACACUUCACACCGGACAGCUACAACCAAGGAGAUCUUAUGGAAUUUCGCAUGGGAUUUCGACGAAAAGAGUGGGUUAGGCUGGCAAAUGGAGCUGUGCCAUCGGUGCAUGCAAGUCCACCUGCAAAAUCUGGCGGGAGUGAAGAGUCUAACGUUAAUGUUAGCACUAGCAGAGAAUCUGCGCGUCGAAAACGGGAGCUUUGCACAGCCUGCGGAACUUGUGGCUAUGAGCGUUACUGGCAAAACCAAGAGAAGGUGCAUCGAAACAUGCCUGCCUGCAACCUUUUACUCAGCGGUGCCAUCCACUUCUCAGGUUGCAUGGCUACUCAGACAAUCAGGAUGCUGAAGCUGUUUGGACUGCAGUGCAUAAGUCCCGGCACUUUUUUCCGCCAUCAGCGCUAUUACACUAUCCCUACCAUCGUGCAGGCCUGGAGGAAUGAGCAGAGUGGGAUCAUCAGGGAGUUGAAGGAGACUGGGGGUGGAUUGAUCCUGUCUGGUGACUGCAGAUCAGAUUCUCCUGGACACUGUGCCAAGUAUGGUAGCUACUCCUUGAUUGAGGAUCGAAUUAACAAAGUUUUGGAUGUUCAGCUUGUCCAAAGCUCAGAAGUCCCAAGCAGCUCUUGGUGUGAGCUAGAGGGUCUAAAGCGGAGUAUGCAGUUCCUGAUGGACCAAGACAUGCAAGUGUCUGCUCUGAUAACAGACAGAAAUCGGCAGGUGGCCAAGUGGGUACGUGAGAAAAUGUGUUCAGAAGGAACAAAGCAUUUCUUUGACGUCUGGCAUAUUGGGAAAAGUGUACAGAAAGCACUGGAUGCUGCUGCAAAAGAGAGGGACUGUGAGGAUCUGAAGCUGUGGAGGCCUGCCAUUAUCAACCAUCUCUAUUGGACCGCAGCUUCCACCCCUACAGGAGAUCCAGAUGAGAUGCAGGCAAAAUGGCAGACCCUACAUUUCAAUAGUAAUGGCAACAGAGAUGUAGCGCGUACUAGUGAGGGUGAGGUACGCUACGCUGUUCGCUACCCACGGUUUCGGAAAGGUGGCUGGGUAGUCCACCCCAUCAAGGAGAAACCAUCUUACGGAUACGCAACAAAUCUUAUGGUCUCUCUGGUAGAGGAAUACUGCAAGUCACCACAGGCCCUACAAGAAAGCAGUGCUGUCUUGUCCUCUGCUGCACCGCCCCCCCUCACCUCUUCCGUCCAGAAGGUUGCCAAGGAUGAGGCAGUCAGCCUCCAUCUCGCACGACACUCACGUUUUAACAUGUAA